CCCAAUCCUUAGUUUUGGUUUCAUUCUUUAAGUUCAGCAGAAACCCCCUAUUAUAUUCAUAUUCUACCAAAAUUAUAAUUCUCUUUGCCUCUUUAAUCACAUCUAUUGCAUGCACAUACACGGCAACAAUUGCGUGGACAGAAAAUAAACAUUUGGAGCGUGAUUCUUAGAUCUUCUUUCAAAAUUCGUGGAUUAACGAGAUCGCCUUCGAGUCUUCUCAAAUGUGUUAGAGCUUUCGAUUGAUCACUGAUUGCUUUUGAUGAAAUGAUGGUCAGAUUGGUCAACGUGGAUGAUGGCUGAGUGGUGCGCAGGAACUAUAUCAGAAAGAAUAGGUCGAAAACUACAUGAGAUGGAUUUCAUGAAGGUUGAACCAAAUUCUGAUCAACUAAUGCAUAAUGAAAAAUCAGAGAGGCUUAACGAGAAGCUGACAGCUUUGGAGCUCAAGAACUUUGGUAAGGACUCUCCAAUUCGCAUUACUCUUGUAGGAUGCGGGUACUCUGGAGUUGAGUUGGCUGUCACUAUAUUAGAAAGACUACAAGUUAGGGACGUGUAACGGCUCUAAUUUAUUUUCUGAAUUUUCUAUUAGUUUUCCACUGGAGUUGAGUGUAUGUCAUAAACUAUU